GUGUCAAACAGCAAUAUAAAAUAGUUACAUUAACUACACUUAAGGAACUAUUUUUGCCUUAUUAUAAUACAACUGACUCUUUGUCAGGGCAGGGGAUGGGCGAGUGAGGGCGGAAAAUGUGAUAUCAUCGAGGAAAAAAAAAACUCUGAAGUACAGAGCUAGAGAAUGAAAAGAAAACUUGUAUUGGCAGACGUUUUCCACAUGUUGCGCUCGACUCGAGGUUGUGCUUGGAUCGCGCAAGUCCGCCAGGACAGUGGAGCCCGGGCCAUCAUCCCUACACUCAUACUUUUAUUAUACCAUGUUCGCUUAGUAUCGCGGAUAUCAGCGUACGUGUCACGCGUUCUCUAAAAUCACUCUGAUUGUAAUAGUCAUAUAUUCAUAUCGAAGUUAUUUCAUUGACGUUGAACAUCUAAAAAACUUUGAUGCAAAACAAACAAUUAUUCGAACAAAAAAUAUAAUUUAUUUUGUGAAAGUGAUUAAUAAUUAUAGUGACAGUGAACUAUUUAUUAAUUAACUGGUGUUUUAUGAUAAAAAAAACAGUGAAUUGUGUUGUUAAGGACUUGGUUUUCUGAUGCCUGCUAGAAAAGGGUUUCUUGCCCCUCAAAAUACAUUCCUUGAUACCAUUGCAACACGUUUCGAUGGAACUCAUAGUAAUUUCGUGUUAGGAAAUGCUCAAGUACCGACAAUAUAUCCAAUCGUAUACUGCUCAGAUGGAUUUUGUGAGCUGACAGGGUAUCCGCGAGCGCAGAUAAUGCAAAAAGGUUGUGCCUGCAAAUUUUUAUAUGGACCCAAAACAGCUGAAGAAGAUAAAGCAGAAAUAUACAAAAGUCUUGAAGAAAAAAAAGAAAUUAAACGUACAGUUAUAUUUUACAAACAAAACGGUACACCAUUUAAAUGUAUACUAGACAUAGUACCUAUAAAAAAUGAAAAAGGUGACGUAGUUUUAUUUCUCGCAUCACACAAGGAUAUAACGCAUGGAAAUGAUCCAUUACUACGUGAGUCUACAGAUGGUGAUGGUGAGUAUUUUAAUGGUGAUACUGAUCCUGAAGCACCGCCCCAUAAUUAUGGCGGGCGGAGACGAAGCCGGGGUAUUCUAUAUUCGCUUUCGGGUCAUUAUAAUCAAGAUGGCAAACAUAAAUUACACAACAAGCCACUUCUUCAUUCAUCGUCAACAACACCCCUACCCGAGUACAAGACUUCAGCCGCUGAAAAAUCAUCCUUUAUCGUAAGUCAUUACGGAACAUUUAGGACAACCUGGGAAUGGAUAACUCUCGUGGCCACGAUUUAUGUUGCAGCUGUUGUUCCUUAUAACGCAAGUUUUGUUAGCACUGAGCGACCUACUGUCGCAUGUGAUGUUAUUGUCGAGGCUAUAUUUAUUGUUGACAUUAUCCUCAAUUUCCGGACGACAUACAUUAGUAAAAAAGGAAAAUUAGUAUUAAAUGGGCGUAAGAUAGCAAUUAAUUAUAUGAAAGGGUGGUUCCUCAUUGAUUUGCUUGCUGCAUUGCCGUUUGAUUUACUCUAUGCAUCUGAUGUUUAUAGUGGUGAAGAAUCAGGUCACAGUCACAUUCAUUUAGUAAAGUUAACGAGAUUAUUACGACUCGCCCGACUAUUUCAAAAAGCCGAGCGGUAUUCGCAAUAUAGUGCAGUGAUAUUGGCAUUAUUAAUGCUCGCUUUCUCUGUAGUUGCACAUUGGCUUGCUUGUAUCUGGUACGUUAUAGCUGAAUAUGAACGACUGCAAAAUGAUAAAGAAUGGAAUCUCAGUUGGAUGCACUCGUUAGCAGAUCGAUUAAAAAUACCUGUACAGAAUGUAUCACGUAGUGAGAGUUAUGUCACAUCACUUUAUUUCACGUUCAGUAGUUUAACGUCUGUGGGUUUUGGCAACGUAUCAGCUAACACAACACGGGAAAAAAUAUUUUCGAUAGUUGCGAUGUUGAUUGGAGCUCUAAUGCACGCCGUCGUAUUUGGUAACGUGACCGCAAUAAUUCAACGAAUGUACUCAAAAAAAUCGCUGUACCAUACUAAGUGGCAAAAUUUAAAGGAUUUUUUGACCUUGCAUCAAAUCCCUGAUCAGCUCAAACAGAGAAUGCAAGAUUACUUUCAGACGACGUGGUCAUUAAACCACGGCAUUGAUAUACAUGAGACUUUGAAAGAAUUUCCAGAAGAAUUACGAGGUGACGUAUCAAUGCACUUACAUCGUGAGUUAUUAAGUCUACCAAUAUUUGCGACUGCAUCACCGGGAUGUCAAAAAUUGCUGUCACUCCAUAUAAAAAGUAACUUUUGUGCACCUGAAGAGUAUCUAGUCCGUCGAGGUGACGCUCUCUCCUACAUUUAUUAUUUAUGCAAUGGCUCUAUGGAAGUUGAACAAAAUAAUAUGGUCGUCGCUAUUUUAGGAAAAGGUGACUUAGUAGGCUGUGAUAUAAACGUGCAUCUCCAACAUGCUGGCAAUGGUGGUGGAGCUUGCGGAGUUGGAUCAGGCGGUAACGUUGACGUUAUUGUUAAAUCGAGUUGCGAUGUAAAAGCACUUACAUAUUGCUAUCUGAAAUGUAUCAAUAUACAAGGUCUUGUUGACGUCUUACGUCUCUAUCCUGAGUACCAGCAUCAAUUUUCCAGGGAAAUUGUACACGAUCUUACACACAAUUUACGUGAAGGAUACGAAGCCGAGCAAGAGUCAGAAAUAAAUGGAAUACAAUCUUUAACAUUACCGUCCAUAAGCGAAGAUGAUGAAAAUGUACUAGAAGAAGGUGAAACAUCGCCACUGUCACCAGUAUAUAGAUCACCGGUGGACGUCACCAGCCCACGACACAAAUUCCGAAGUGAUCGAGUUGGAAGACUAGUAAGGGCCGGACUUAAAAAUCAAGCCCAAGGUGUUACUCAAGUAUCGGUGGAGGGUCACAAUCAAGAUGCGAAUGAACGACUUGAGGCGAUACAAGUAUCAAUUGUCCAUGAAGAUGUUACUACGUUAAGCGAUGAAUUGAGGAACGCAAUUGAAGCACUGCAGCUAUUGGCACGUACUCCACAUAGUCAUCCGAGUUUGCCAACACCAACGGGGCACAGUAGUUCCAAGGACCGUUUGCUAGCUAAGAGUUCAUCUUAUUUGCCUGAUGAAUUAUCAUGGGGUCCGUCGACUAGACUAAUCGACUCUAGUACUCAGACUGAUGGUAGUGAUGUUGCUUCUGAAGAUAAUUUGAGGUACGAAAACUGGGUAAAAAGUAAUCCUCAACAAGUUUUGGUCAUACUUGGGUUAGAUUCAGAGUUGAUCAGCACUAGUGUUAUUAAUGAACAUGAUUAUCAUCAUUCAACGACUUCCACAUCGUCAUCACUACCACCACCACCUUAUGAACCACUUCCAUUGUUUCAUGGUUGCAGUUCAUCACAGUUACAGGAUUCUUCACAUUUCCAAACUGGACAACCCGGUGUGUUGACGAGAAGCAGGGCUAUCAAGAGUGAUAGCAGUCAACCCCUUCAACUGCGAGGACGCGGAAGACCAUCAGGAAGGCCGACUGUAAGAAGCGACCACAUUGCCCCGGACACCUAGGCUGCUGGACAGCCUCGCUGUGACCUCAAAGCCACCCCCAUCACGUGACACCUUAGUUACUCCCACAGGUCAAGGGACCCAAGGGCCUCAAAGGUAGAGGCAGAGAGUACUAUUGUACUAGACAGUUGAACGGUCAUACGUCGAGUAGAUAUAUAUAUAUACCUACUUACUUACGUUGAACAUUGUCGGGUUUAA